AAACGUUCACUCUUCAGCGGUAUAAAUCGACUUUGAUUUUAAUAUCUGACACGACUUUCCGAUUUGUUAUGUUCUGAUCAAAGAAAACGUCAAGAAAUGGAUGAAAUAUGGACACUGCUUUUACUCUGUCUUGCUAUGUUGAUUGGUUGUUACAUGUCAGGACUGAUACCACUUGCAAUCACAUUUUCAGAGGAGAAGCUGAAACUAGUGACAGUAUUUGGUGCAGGUCUACUGGUAGGAACAGCUUUAGCUGUCAUUAUACCAGAGGGAAUACAUGCUAUGUAUAGUGCUGGUCCAGGUCACCACGAUCAUGAGCAUUCUUCGACUGAAAAAGAGGCUACAGAACAUAAACAUGAGGCUGGUUCAUCACAUGACCAUCACAGCCAUGGAAUGGAAGAUAAUCAUUCGAUAAUUGGCGUUACCUUGGUAAUAGGAUUUAUAUUUAUGUUGUUGGUAGACCAAAUAGGAGGAUCACAUAUGCAUGGUUCAUCAGACCCAGAGUCACCAGAUACAAUAGUACAACAAAACAGAAAUAAAAUAACAGCUACCCUUGGGCUUGUUGUCCAUGCUGCAGCUGAUGGAGUAGCAUUAGGUGCAGCUGUUAUGUUAAAUCAUUCAUCACUUACAAUUAUAGUAUUUGUAGCUAUCAUGUUACACAAGGCACCUGCAGCCUUUGGUUUAGUAUCUUUCCUGCUGCAUGAAGGCUUUGACAGACCUAGAAUUAAGAAGCAUUUGUUUGUGUUUUCUAUUGCUGCUCCAUUGAUGGCAAUUGUAACAUUUAUAUGUUUAAGUCAGAAAAGUGCUGAGUCUUUCACAGAUGUUAAAACAACAGGCAUAGCUAUGUUAUUUAGUGCUGGGACCUUUUUAUAUGUGGCUACAGUCCAUGUUCUACCAGAAGUAUCAUCUGGACAAGUCAAACAUACCAACCCUGAUGGGACCAUAGUCAUCCAUGAACAUAAAGGAUUUAAAAAUGUAGAACUUGUAGCUAUUGUUGUAGGGGCUAUUCUUCCUGUUAUUUUAUCUCUAGGCCACAAGCACUGAAGAUUUGUUUUAAUAUAUUGUAUUAAAAAUAUCUCACACGAUAUUGAUAAGAGUUUGUCAGAUAGAGGCUGUAUAUUACAACGAUUGAUAUAUCAUAUCUCAAAGAUGUGUAAAUAUAGAUUCUUACAUUGAUACCAGUGGAUUAUCGGAUUUAUCCAAUCGAGAUAGUUAAAUUAUCAAUUUUAAAGUCCGAGCCGCCUCGGCGAGGACUUUAAAAUUUAUAAUUUAACUAUCAAGAUUGGAUAAAUCCGAUAAUCCAUGAGUAACUAUGUAAGAAUCUGUUUCUCUAAUGAUUAAAAAGACAUUUUCUUUUUUUGUUAACCGAAAAUCCCCUUCGAGUGCCUUUCACAUUGCACGAAGUUGUCAAUUUCAUUAACACCUGUUGUCAAAUUUUGCUUCAUCUAGUUAGCUAAAAAGGUCAUGACCCUUAAAAUCAUCCAAUGAUCUUUUGAGAUCACCAGCAACCACACGUUGAUUAAAUUUUUUUAUACAAUGGGUUCGAAAAGGGAUAAUUUUCCAUAGAAUUAGAGAAAAGAAUUUAAUCUCUUCAGAUCUUACUUUUUUGAGUGUUUUUUGUUUGUUUCUGUGGUGUUUUAACUGUCUGCCAGACUGAAAUAAAAAUUAUUCAUUGAUCCGUAAAUUUAAAUUUGUUUUUACUGAAAUUGAUUAAAUCAGGCCUACUGACAAGUCCUGAUUGUUAUACAAUUUAACUUCUGAUAAAAACAGGACAUAAGAAAAAUGCAAAAUAGGGAUUUUAUUCACCUUGUUCAAGACAAUCUUCACCCAUUAUUAGUUAUAUUUUAAGUUUCAGUUUUCAGUUUAAAAAGAUUGUUGCAUCUACGCCUAUGUUAGUAAGUUUCUCCGUCACAUAUUUAAUAUUUAUGAUUUACAAUAUUUCCUACCAAAAAAUAUAGUUUGUAAUAUGAUUAACUGAAUGUGAAAAAGCAUUUCAAAAUUAAAAAAACAAAAUCUAAGUUAUGUGAAAAAGUUAUCUUUGAUUUCAACAGCUAAAUAUUUUCAUAGGCGGAAAACUUUUUAUUUUAAGGCAUUAAUAAACAUAUAAUAUCUUGCCAUAAAAGACAAGUUCCAUUUGUUUUAUUAUAACUUAUUUAAGUCAUAUUGUGUAGAUUGUUGUUUGUGGUUUAUACCUUUUUUUUUUUUUUUAAACAAAAACAUGUAUAACAUGGGUUAUAGAACAUUUUCAGACACAGGUCAUGUAGUUAUAAAAUUUGUAUUUUCUUUGGACAAGGAAAGUAAAUAUGCUUCAUAUGAAUAAAUGAAUGAGGUUAUAUUAAAAAAAACUGAAGGAGGAGUUGAAUUAUUUCUCCAAUGUUACUGCAAUUUAUAUAAGAAGUUGUCAAAUCAAUAAAGAUAUAGAGGGAAGUAGGAACAUUUUAGUGUUUUUUGUUGUUUGGUUUUGUUUCUCAUGUAUAACAAAAUUUCUUGUUCACUUUGUCCAUUUGUUCAAUUUUUGAAUAACAUAUAGGAAUUAUAUAAACAAAAACAAGUAUAUUAAAUGGUUUUACACUAGUAAUUUUGGGGCCCUUUAUAGCUUGUUGUUCGGUGUGAGCCAAGACUCCGUGUUGAAGGCCGUACUUUAAUCUAUAAUGGUUUACUUUUUAAAUUGUUACUUGGAUGGAGAGUUGUCUCAUUGGCACUCACACCACAUCUUCCUAUAUCUAUAUGUUCUUCUUUCUUUACCAGUCUUUCUAUCACUUAAGAUUUUAGCAAAAAACAAAAAUUGCAUAUAAUUAUACCAAUUUAUUUAGUACUUACUUCAUAGACUAUGUCUUUUUAUAAUUAGAAAGUUGAUAAAAAAAAUAGAAAUUGCUGUAUCAUGAUUGUGUGAUUUGACCCAUCAGAGAAUGCUUGUGACCAGGGUACCUAUUGUAAUAUAUAUCAGACAUUUUACAUUGUGUAUGAUUUAGAAAAAUGGAGUACUUAUAUUCAUUGUUAUCAAAUGUAACAAUAUAGAAUCUAUCUAUCAACCACUGCAGGUAUCAGCAUUUUAAACCUUGAUAAAUAGACAAACUUAAAAACUAUAUAACUACUUCUUGUCUGAUUGAAUUGAAAUUGUCAGGAAGAAAAACAUGUCAAUAUAAAUAAUAUAUUCUACCAUGUAUGAUAGGGUUCAACACAUUAUUAAUAUAUUACUCUGACAGUUCCUUUUCUCUAAAAUUUUGUUUUAUGAUGUUAACAUUAUUCAGAUAUGAUUUAUACUGGAUCAAAAAUAAAUAACAUAUCAUAUUUUUCUUCAUUCUACUUGUCAGGUUUAGAACUUGAAUAAUGUUGAGUUAUGAAGGAAGUUUUGCUUAUUUCUCCCAAUCUUUGCUGCAAAAGGAACAGACUCUUUAGCUCAAACAACUUCAUUUAACAAAAAAAUAUAUAUUAAAUUCCUGAUUUUUACCUCCUUUAAAAAAGAUUGACAAUUGUAUUUUUUUGUAAUCUGCAUAACUAGCAUACUGUUAUUGUUUUGGUGAGGGUUAAUUUAUAUUUACACACAUCUAUAUGAAAUCUUGUAAUUUUAUGUUUAAAUGAUUAAGAUCUAACAAUUUACAAUGAUCAGUGAUGAAGAAUUCCAUAUCAUAUUAUACUGAAAUUGAACACUAGUCUAUCUUUGUAGAUCUUUAGAUGUAUUAUUUUAUUUUGUGUUGUUUUUGGGGUAACCCACUUUUUAUAGUAUUCUCCAACAUUUGACUCAGUGGUGGAUCCAGAACUUUUCAUAAGGGGGUGGGGGCCCGCUGACUGACCUAAGAGGGGGCCUGCUCCAGUCAUGCUUCAGUGAUUCCCUAUAUAAUCAAACAAAUUUUUCCAUCAAAAAGGGCCCCAGGCCCCCUCCCCUGGAUCCACCAAUGUUGCUGACCUACAGUUGUUUAUUUUUGUAUUAUUUGACUCAUUUAGUCACUUGUGAAGAGUUGUCUCAUUGGUAAUCAUACCACAUCUUAUUUUUAUAUCGACCUCUCCUUUCGUUCAUUUUAUAAACCCACAUUAUCUGAAAAAGUUAAAACCCCAAAUAUGUAACAAAUAUUUCUAAACAUUAUAUAGUUAACAAGAACAAAUAUUGAAAAAAGUGUAUUUCACUUGAUAUGACUAAAAAAGGAUUUUUUUUCUAGCAAAAGGAAAUUGGGAUCACUACUAAAAUAAUGACACAAUUUUACAAAUUGUUUUCACAUUUGCUGACUACAGCUUUUCUAGUAUAAACCUUUUUAACUUAAGAAUGAUUAUAAAUGGUUUUAUUAGUCACAGAGUUAUUUAGUCUCUUUAAUCUUAUACCCAUUAUUAUAAAGGUCUUGAUGUCUUAUAAAUCAAAACCUGGAGUGAUUCUAUGUGUAUGUUAGAUUACCUUUGUUGUGACAUGUCUUGUUCACUGCCUCAAUCUCAUAUUUUAGUGUAAGCUGAUAAGAUAAGAUAGAUAAGAGAUAAGUUUUGGUCGAAAAGUAAGAUGCUUUUUUUAUAUAAAAUAUUGAUAGUAAAAAUAAUGUUGCCUAAACAAAUUUCUAAAAUUUUAUCAUUAAUAAGUUUAUUUUUUGUGUGCAGUUUUAUUGUUAUGUGCAUCUUAUUCACAUUCCUGCUGUGGUUCUCACUUGUUUUUGAUGAUCUUUGGGUAUUUAAUAAACCUGCUUUAGAUUUUUUUGUUACAUGAUAUGUUCAUUAGCUUUGAAAAUGUAUGUGAAGAAUAGUAAGUUGAAAAUGCUUCAAAUUUGUAUUCAAAUGAUAAAUACAUCACAAAAGUGGCUUCCACUGCAUAUAUCUAUCAACACAGUAUUUAAACAUUCCUUAUGUAUGAAACUGAAAGGUUAACGAUUUUGUUUAUUAAUGAAAGCAAUUUAAUUUUGUUCAUGUAUUUCAAGAAAAAUGACAUAGAAAAGAGUUCCAUGAAUUUUCACUAUCUGUUGGGAUAAUUCUUAACAACUCUUCUUGUCAUAUUAUAAUUCCUAGCGAAAACAUGUAUAAUUGAAUAGAUAUAUUUAUUCAGCAGUUAAUUUCAUUGUAUGUAAAAUUUUGAUUUUCUACAAUAUUUUUGUUUCUUAUCAGAUCAAUGCAUAUAAAUUAUGCAUCUAUAAUUAUUCAAUAAUAAACAAUAAUUUGGAAGACAGGACAACAAUACAUUUUGUAUGUGUAGUUGACAGGAAAUUGUAUUUCUACAUCAAUGAGGGUGCUGUUAAUUAUGGAAACCUAAGAUAUUACAUUUUCCUGUCAUUUUAAAUUUUUUGAUGUGAUUUUUUAAUUCUAGUAUGAAAUGAUUCCAUUUUCACCAUUUUGUUUGUCAGUUCAAGGAAUCAUUAGUGUAACAUCUAGCUGAUAGUCAACUUGUAUAAUCUUGACCUGAAUUGACUGUUCAUUUUAAGUUUUGGAUCUUAGAAAAGAACUGUGUUUUCCUAAGUGUCUAUCUUAUGGAGGGUAUUUUAAAUAUCAUAUGAUAUUUGUAUAUUAUGAAUGAUAUUAAAAUGAUAGAGUAAAUUGUGCAAGUAUUAUCAACUGUAAGUAUAAUCAAUCUGAUGUAUGAUUUAUAAAAAAAACUAUCAUUUGAUUUUACUAUAUUUUAUUUUUCUUGUUUUUUUUUGGUUUAUAUGUAUAUAUAUAUUUAUAUAAGAAAAAUAUUGUGAUUGAUAGGAACUUAAAAGUAUGGAAAUGUAAUGUAUUGCUAUGCAAUCUCUAGUGUUAGUUUGUUUUACAGUACAGAAGUUUGGUUCAGAAGUUUUAAGGUUUAUUUUAGAAUGAUCCUUUAAAGGGCAUUAGCUGUCAAAUUUAUGUUCACUGGUUUAACUUAAUUUCUCAUAUUUGAUUUAUUACAUACUAAAACUUAUAUUCAAAUAACAAAGCGUCAAAAAUAAACAAUUUACAAUUCAUGGACUUGAUUAGAUGUAUCAGCAUUAUAUAUAUUCUAGUCUAGACAUUGACACAUUCCCCAUUUCAUUUCUCAAUUUUAUUCUCUUAUUAACUAUUGGGAUGACUUCUGAAAACUGCCAGUGGUCCUAUAACCUGAAUUGAAACAUAAAUAGAGGUAUAAAUAGAGAGUGAGCACAUGUAAUUGAUUUUCUUAGGUCUGCCUGAUUACAUGUUAUAGGUAAAAAAAGUAUGUUACCCAUAUUUUACCUGUAUAAGAAUGUUUUUAUAUGGAUUGAGGAAAUCAGCCUAUUGGUUCACCCUUGUUUCACUUUCAAUUUUGACAUUCUUUUCCUUUUGAUAGAUAAACAAGCCUAGUACAUGCAUACUCCCUCUCUAGCUAAGAGGUUACAUUGAAUAGAGGUCAAAUUAUUAACUUGCAGGUCAAUGAAACAUCAGCAUUGUUUUUGAGCUUAUAAAGACAUUUUAUUUAAAAAUUCUGCUUUCAUCAAUACUUGAGUCAAAAAGAAUAAUAUUUAAAUCUGUUCACAGCUGGUCCUGAUUGUGCUAUUUAGAACUUGACUUCAUUUAUAAUAGACACUUGUAUGUGGUUUAACACUUGAUAUUGACCUAAACAUAUUUUGAUUUUAUUGUAUCAUCUGAUUGCUGUCUCAUUGAUGUGUGCACCCCUGAUCUCUUUUCAAUACUUAUGUCUUAUUUUGUUAUUGGCUGCUGUCUCUCUGUGGCAAAUUAUAUCACAUACUAUUACAUUUCUGCUACAUCUCUUACAAUUCUAUUACAUUUAUUACAUAAAAUUACAAUUCUAUUACAUAUUAUUACUUUUUUCAAUUUUAUGUGUAAGUUGAAUAUUUUUUGUUUUCCCUUUUCUUACCCCCACAACAAAGUUCUAGGGAUAUAUAAAAAUUACACUUUCUAUCUAUUUGAGAGGAUUGACUUUAUGAGCAUUAAGUAUAAAUGCAGGGGUGAGUGUAGUAGAACAUAGUGGAUGAUUGUUGCUUACUUUCAUAUUGACAAGUGUUGCAUUUUUGGUUGAUUUAUAUUAAUGUGUUAAUAAAGCUGUGCUUGUGGUAUUUUUUAACGAGUUAGUUUGAUCAUGCAAUACUUAGCUAAAAUGAUUGUCAGCUUAACAUAUGUUACAUUAUCUAUAUGUAACCAUUGUGGCAGUAAGAUUCAAUUUUUUUUGUUUAUCAAAGUUCCUCAUUUUUGCAUAUGACGAAUGGUGUGAUAGCUGUGAUGGAGUUUCCAUUGUCUGUGGUUAUUUAUAUUGUUAAAUGUACAAGAUGUAAUUAUUAAUUUAAUGGUAGAUUAAAUAAAAUGUUUUGUCUUCCAAAGAUA